AUGUGCUACACAGAUAUGUCUCCUACCUCCAAUUUCCUCAUAGGAUUCAUGUGCUUGACAGCUUUCAGCAACUUUGCUAAGACUUCUGCAGACUUCUCAGGUUACUUAUCACAAGUACUAAAAAAUUACACUGACCAUGCCUGUGAUGGAGAGUAUGUCUCCCUGAGAUGUCCUCACAGAACCACCAUCAGCAUCCAAUCUUCUUUUUAUGGCCGGAUCGUACCAAGUCAUCAGAUGUGUCCUUCUCGUGAUCCCCACUCCUUUGCAACUUUAAUUAAAGAGGACGUUGCCUGUUCAGUUGGCACUUCCCUUCAGAAGAUGCUGGAUGAGUGCCAGGACAGGCGGAGCUGCCAGUUUCUCAUCAAUAGCCGGCUGUUCGGUGCAGAUCCGUGCCCUGGAACCGGCAAGUACCUCAUCGUGUGGUACAAGUGCAGGCCAAAUGAAUACAAGAGUAAAGUAGCCUGUGAAGAUGACAAGCUGAGGCUAAGCUGUAAGAAGAGCAUGGUGAUAGCCAUUUUCUCUGCUGUCUUUGGAAGGACACAAGGAGACAGCCUGGAGUGCCCAUACGAAAACCUAGGGAUGCCCAUGAUAGAGUGUCAGUCAGCUACUGCUCUCCAACUCAUGAUCAAGCGCUGUCACGGGAAAAGAAGCUGCAGCAUAUAUGCUAGCACCUAUGAAUUUGGAGAUCCUUGUUACCCAGGCAUCCGAAAACAUCUUAAUGUCAUCUACACCUGUGUUCCCAAGAAGCUUCUGCAUGAAAACCAGCCAAGACCAACCAAUUACCAAGGAUUUCAGAAGCCACCUUUUCCACUGCGGCCAAGAGUGUUUGAUCCCAAUGUGUUCCUUUCUGAUGUCUCCCCUUCCAGCAUAGGACGAGCUCGCCCAGCAGAGAAGAAGAAAGGGAGAGCAGCCACCUUCUACCCUGUAGCCAACACCCCCUUUCUGCUUCCUGUGGAUGAGACACAACUGCCGGCGCUCAACAGCAGCAUGGAGCCCGUGGGCGUUAGCACAGAGAUGGCUUUGCUUAGCAACAUCCUAGCAGCGUAUGCCUUUAUCACAGAAAACCCAGAGCGGGCUGCUCUGUAUUUUGUCUCUGGUGUGUGCAUUGGACUCGUCUUGACCCUGCUGGCUCUGGUGCUAAGGGUGUCCUGCCGAACUGACUGCAGACGCUCCUCCACGAAGAAACCUCCUCGGGAGCGGGAGAGUGACAGUGACAGCAGUGAGAGUGAUGAUGACUCAGACACCACUUCGGACCUGUCAGCCCGCAGGCACCGCAGGUUUGAGAGGACUUUGAACAUGAACGUCUUCACGUCGGCAGAGGAGCUGGAGCGAGCUCAGCGGCUGGAGGAGCGGGAGCGCAUCAUCCGGGAGAUCUGGAUGAACGGCCAGCCGGACAUCCCAGGGACCAGGAGCCUCAACCGCUACUACUAA